CGUCUCUUACAACAAGCUCAUUCAUUCUCAUAUUCAAACCAAGCAAGUGAAAUAUGGAUUCUGGAACUGGUUACAGAUUCCACCCAUCGGAUUUCGAACUGGUGGAUCAUUACUUAAGGCAUAAGAUGCUGGGCAAUGAUGAUGAAGUCUGGCAAAUUCCUGAAAUUCAAGUCCUGAAUUUUGAGCCUUGGGAACUACCUCAGCAUUCGAUAUUGUUAAGCAACUCGAACGAUCAAGUGUGGUAUUUCUUUUGCACUCCAAAUUAUAAGUAUUCCAAUAGCAAGCGCGUCGACAGAACAACCAAUGCUGGAUAUUGGAAAGUUACCGGCAAAGACCGAAAAAUCGAAGAUAAUAUUGGAAUUAAAAAGACUCUGGUUUUCCAUCAUGGUCGUCCUAAAGGGGUUAAAACAAAUUGGAUUAUGCAUGAAUGCACUUUCACUUUCGACUUUCAUAGUCAGAGGGAAUUUGUUAUUUGCAAAAUAAAAAAAAGGCCAGAUGAAGAAGAAGACGGAUCAAGUAGUACUAUGGUAGCCGCUUAUACUGAAAAUCAAACUUAUAAUUCAACAUUUCAACAAGAAGAUACUCCUUUAUUCGGAUCUGGUUCUCAAAAUUACGCAAAUGAGGAUGACACUCAGAUGGAAGCAAAUAUGCAAUCCUUUCAGGGCUACGACGAGAAAGAUUACAGGCUUGACUCUAUAUUUCAAUGGCGAAAUAACUAUUAAUCAAUGAAGAUAGUCAAUGUCAUAGGAAAUAUUAAUAGUACUGAACAAAUCAAACUUAAUUGUAUGCGUAUCUAUAAAUAGAUGUAAAUGAAUGUUGUUUUCUUAUCUGAAAUAAUAUAUAUAGUAUUGUCUGUCAAAUAUGGAACUGAAUUUGUUCCACAAGUUUUUAGUUCGUUUUAUAUCUUUUUA